GCAGCGCCGGUACCGAUGAGCGGGCUCCGAGCGCCCGGCGUGCGGCCGGUGCCGACCUGCCUGCUCCUGCUGGGGCUGCUCCUGCCCGCCGCCGCCGCGGGCGCGGGGUGCGAGCUGGAGGCUGCGGACGGCGGCGGCGGCCGGCGGGGAGGACGGUGCGGCGCGGCCGGCUCUGCGGCGGAGCCGGUGACAGAUCCCUGCAGUUCCCUGAGCCCGCCGUGCUUUACGGAGGAGGACCGGUUCAGCCUGGAGGCGCUCCGCAUGAUCCAUAAGCAGAUGGAUGAUGACAAAGAUGGUGGAAUCGAGGUAGAUGAAAGUGAUGAGUUUCUAAGGGAAGAUAUGCAAUACAAGGAUGCCUCAAAUAAACAUAGUCACCUGCACAGAGAAGACAAGCAUAUCACCAUUGAGGAUCUGUGGAAACGCUGGAAAACAUCUGAAGUUCAUAACUGGACUCAAGAGGACACUCUUCAGUGGCUCUCAGAUUUUGUUGAAUUGCCCCAAUAUGAAAAGAAUUUUAGAGACAGCAAUGUCAAUGGAACAACACUUCCCAGGAUAGCAGUAAAUGAACAUGCUUUCAUGAUCUCUCACUUGAAAAUAAUUGACCGGAGUCACAGACAGAAGCUUCAGCUUAAAGCCUUGGAUGUUGUUUUGUUUGGACCUCUCACUCGUCCCCCUCACAACUGGAUGAAGGAUUUUAUAUUAACAGUUUCUAUAGUUAUUGGUUUUGGAGGCUGCUGGUUUGCAUAUACACAGAACAGAACCUCAAGAGAACAUAUCACAAAAAUGAUGAAGGACUUAGAAAGUCUCCAAACAGCAGAGCAAAGUCUUCUUGACUUGCAGGAAAGGCUUGAGAAGGCACAAGAAGAGAAUAGAAACGUUGCUGUUGAAAAGCAAAAUCUGGAGCGCAAAAUGAUGGAUGAGAUCAAUGAUGCAAAACGUGAAGCUCAUCGCCUCAGGGAAUUGAGAGAGGGAGCUGAAUGUGAGCUCAGCAGGCUCAAAUAUGCAGAGGAAGAGUUAGUACAGGUUCGCAUGGCUUUAAAAAAGGCUGAGAAGGAGUUUGAGUUGAGAAGUAAUUGGUCUGUUCCUGAAGCUUUGCAGAAGUGGCUUCAGUUAACACACGAAGUUGAAGUACAAUAUUACAAUAUCAAAAGACAGCAUGCAGAAAUGCAAUUAGCAAUUGCUAAAGAUGAGGCAGAAAAGAUAAAAAAGAAGAGAAGCACUGUAUUUGGAACACUACAUGUUGCACACAGCUCCUCCCUGGAUGAAGUGGACCAUAAAAUUCUUGAAGCAAAGAAAGCACUCUCUGAGUUGACGACGUGUUUGCGGGAGCGUCUUUAUCGAUGGCAGCAGAUUGAGAAGAUUUGUGGGUUUCAAAUCGCACACAAUUCUGGGCUACCAAGCUUGACCUCCUCUCUCUACUCUGAUCACAGCUGGGUAGUUAUGCCUCGAGUUUCCAUUCCUCCCUACCCAAUUGCAGGGGGAGUUGAUGACUUAGAUGAAGACACUCCUCCAAUAGUUUCACAGUUUCAUGGGUCCAUUGUAAAAGCUCCCAGCACUCUGGCAAGAAGCAGUAGCUUGUGUAGAUCAAGACGCAGUGUUGUGCCAUCAUCUCCACAGUCUCAGCACGCUCUGCACUCCCCUGACCCUGACAUCCUCUCUGUGUCGAGCUGCCCAGCUCUCUAUCGAACUGAAGAGGAGGAGGAAGCCAUUUACUUCUCUGCUGAUAAACAAUGGGAAGUACAGGAGACAGGUUCGGAAUGUGACUCCUUAAAUUCAUCCAUUGGAAGAAAACAGUCUCCUCCAGCAAGUCUUGAGAUGUACCAGACAAUUUCUCCUCAGAAAGUAUCACCAGAAGAAUUCUCACUGGAGGAAUCAUCUACGGGAGACUCCUCUUCUCUGACUGCAGAUGUUUCUAGGGGCUCUCCUGACUGUGUAGGCAUGGCAGAAACUAAGAGCAUGAUCUUUAGUCCUGCAAGCAAAGUUUAUAAUGGAAUCCUGGAGAAGUCUUGCAGCAUGAACCAGCUUUCAACUGGGAUCCCCGUCCCAAAGCCUCGUCACACCUCGUGCUCCUCGACUGGCAGUGACAGCAAACCCAGCCAUGAAGCUGCUUCUGUCCCCAGGAUAAGCAGCAUCCCACAGGACCUCUACCAGAAUGGUGAAAAAAAUAAAAAGCCAUCAAAAAUAAAAAACCUCUUUAAGAAGAAGUGUAAGUGAGGUUGGCAGAAGAGAACCUAUAGUAAUAUUAUGAGAACUCUAUUUUUUAAAUCUUUAGGAAUGUAAUUCCAUUUGAGCAUCCCAGAGUGGAUGCCCCAAUGGAAUACUCUGUAGGUCACCUAUAUUUAAUGACUGUACUGUCAACGGUUGUGCCAGCUGUCAAUGAGAAAUCAUUAAAACGUUCAGACAGUUUA